UUUGUUUUAUAAUUAACCCACUAGGGAAGGAAUAGGCGUUGGGUGCAACUGAACUGACACCAGUACAGGGGGGUACGGUACAUUCACUGUCGGUUCAAGUUGUAAAGUACAGUAAUAAUACAUUCCAGUGACCAAUGAAGUACCAGUGUUUGUACCUAUUGUUGCAGGGAUCACUUAACCAGGUAGUUAUUGGGAGAAGUUUGUUUCAAUCACCUUUCUCCAUCUUGAAAGACAAACGUGGCUUAAUUGGAUUAUAGGGGUCUCUAGUAUUUGGGUAUGCUUCCUCAUUCUGCUGUACAAGGACAGGAGAGCAGAGAGUAAAAAACACAUUAAUUCACCACAAAAGUCAUGUUGUACUGGACUGCACUGCCUGAUUGGAAAGUAUUUCUGUUGGUGACACUUCUAUGGGACUACCUCUGUGCUGAGGAACUGAAACCCACGAGAUGGCCACUGUAUCCCCAAAAGCCUCUGGUCAUGGCCUGGAAUGCUCCGACGGAGGACUGCGGCCCGCGGCACGGUAUUCACUUUCAGCUGGAGCAGUUCCAGAUUGUGGCGUCGCCCAGCAAGGGCUUUGUCCGCCAAAACCUCACCAUCUUUUACAAGGACCGCUUGGGGUUGUACCCCUAUUAUAAGGAGCACGAUGGUGCUGUCAUGAACGGUGGGCUCCCGCAGGUUGCCAGUCUCACUCAGCACCUGGAGAAGAUGCCGGAGGGUAUUCAGUAUUACAUACGCGAAGCAGGGGCCAAGGGACUGGCAGUUAUUGACUGGGAGGAGUGGAGACCACUGUGGAUCCGCAACUGGGACGUCAAGAAUGUGUACCGCAACCAGUCAAGGCAGCUGGUGGCCCAGAAGAACCCAGCCUGGCCCGCAGAGCGUGUGGCUAAGGUGGCCCAGCAGGAGUUUGAGAUGUCAGCCCGGAAGUUCAUGCUGGAGACCCUGAGGCUGGCCAAGAGCCUGCGGCCCAACCAGCUGUGGGGGUUCUACUUGUUCCCAGACUGCUACAACCACGACUACAAGAACACUCUGGAGAACUACACGGGCCGCUGCCCUGACGUGGAGGUGGCCCGGAAUGAAAUGCUCAAAUGGCUGUGGAUGGAGAGCACAGCCCUCUUCCCCUCAGUCUACUUGGGCACGGUGCUGCGCUCUUCGCCCUCGGGGCGGCAGUUUGUCCGGAACCGGGUGAAGGAGGGGAUGCGUCUGGCGUCAGGGGGAGACGGGCUGGCACGCCCUGUCUUUGUGUACGCCCGGCCCACCUAUGCCAACGUACUGGAGCUGCUGACAGAGACGGACCUGGUCUCCACCAUCGGGGAGAGUGUGGCUCUUGGGGCCGCAGGCAUCAUCCUCUGGGGAGAUCACGCUUAUGCCAGCAGCAAGGCCAGUUGCUCUAGUCUGAAUGAAUACCUGCGGGGUCCGCUGGGCCGGUACCUGCUCAACGUUACCACGGCAGCAGAGCUGUGCAGCCAGACGCUGUGCGAUUCCCUUGGACGCUGCCUGCGUAAACACCCUGACACUGAUGCCUACCUGCACCUCAGCACCCGCACCCACAGAAUAGAGCCCCUAGCAAAUGGAAAACUCAAGGUUCAAGGUCAGCUUGGGGAAGACGACAUAUUGGGCUUUCAGAGGGAGUUUCAGUGCCAGUGCUAUAGUGGCUACCAGGGAGAGGGCUGUGGCCAGAGAGAUCCCCAACAACAACGAGACGUCGCAGCUCCAAUCAUGGCGUCAUGGGUGCACUGUUUUUUCCUGCUACUCAUCACACUCCUGCUCUGAGUGCAAACAGUACAUCCACAGGCAUACAGCUACAUUCAAAUAAUUGGACGUGUACUGGUAUACACAUGACAUUAUCUACACACAUGCGCAAACAUUAUAUAAAUACACUUUGGGGCAAAUGUAUUCACUGUAGUCCAGAUUGCUGUAAGGUUGGUGGAACACUGAGUUAUGUGGUUGUUUGUGUGUUGAUUUGUUUCCCAUACAUUGGAGGGCUCGCUGGAAAUAACUUUGUUUACAUUGAUCUCUUUCUCAGUCUCCUUCCCACGAUAUAUCUCUCUCAACCCCUCUCCCCUCUUUCAAGGUGUCAUUUUCUCAUGAUCCCAAAAUUGAUGUUUUUUUGUGUGGAAAUGUGUUGUUUUCAGAUGUGCUUCUGAUGUAUGUACGGUUUUGUGUUAUGUGUGAGCCAAAAUGGGGCCGAUGCACUUGAUUCUUGGAAUAGCACAAAAUAGUUCUUAUCGCCUGACCUCUGACAUUUUUAUCUUUAGGUUUCAAUAUUUAUAUUAAUGUAUUUUCACGUUUGUUAAAAAGCUUUUAUUUUAUGGCAAAAACAAGACUACUAUUUUCGCUCUAAAAUUGUGCUUCUCUCUUACUGUGUACAAUGUUUCAAUCACUCAAAAUAAAUCAAAGCUGUAAUUAAGUGAUACUGCCAGAGAAGCCUGUGUUUGGAGGAUAUAUUGGCACAGGUGUUGUUCCAUCAAGGGCCUGCAAACCGUGCCAAUAUAUCCUCCAAACACCAGCUUCGAGGGCAUUAUUACUUCUAUACAACGGGUUACCAACAUAUUCAAAUAAUGAGUGACAUAUUUUAAUUAAAAACGUAACUUUGAUGAAUUUA